ACAAGAAGUUCCCUUGUUUUGUGUGUUGAGUCUUCAGUCUUGGUUGUAGAAUAUACAUUGUCUGUUGACCAGUCAAGUUUAAACAUGAGAGUUGUGAAUUAAAAUAUAUAUAUACAUGUACUUGGUUCCAACUGUCAGUGGUCUGAUGAUCCAUAUUUCACACGUGUUGAACUGUGUUUGUUUGGCAGUGCCAAUAUCUCGAUCUACAAUCUAAACAGUGACCAAAAUUGAUAAUAUCAUCGGAAGGUGCAUGAACAUGUAGUUUAACAAUAAUGGAAGCCUAUAUUUUGAAAUGCGACUUCUCCCGUGUGACCGAUGAUACAAAUAAUGAAUUUCGUGAAAGUUUGGACAGCUACCAGGAGGAGUUAUCGUCCCUUGAUUAUGCUGGGAUCUUGAAAAUUCUGAAGGCAUUUCAGAAUAAAGUGUGUGUCCGUGGAUUCCCUGGAGUUGAGUACCCUGGUCAUGAGCUGGCUGAGUCGAUACUUACAGCAAUCCUAGAGACAAUAAGUGAAAAAGUUGAAGAGGAUGUGUUCUCGUCCAAGGAUGUCGAAGAGAGACUGUUGGAUUUAUAUGUAGAGUUGUUAAAAUCUGGACCAGGUAGUAGCCAUUGUGAGUUACUCCAACUCAUCCCGAAACAAGUGGAGAUUCAGGAUUUAUAUGGAGACAGAUUGCAGAAGGUUAUUAGUGGAUUUAAAGCAAUUUCCUAUGUAGAGGAGAAGAAUGAUUCUAGAUACAUUAGCACGGUCAAAGAGGUUUACCCUGAUCAGCUAUCAACCAUCGUCAUCAGGAGUGACGAGGAUAGAUUGAGGUCCCCUGAGGUGCACCACGCGUUAAUGGACCUGUUCGUCUUCUACCUGGUCCAGCUACCCCACGUGCCUGAAUCUUUACGGAUCAUUCUGACAGGGUCCCAAGAUGAGAUUAACCAGGCCUAUGAUAAAGAACCGUUUAAAGGUGUACAGGAUGCUAGCUUCUAUCGCUCACAGCUUUUACGAAUUAAGAAUUUCAUCAAGGAUCCGGCGUUCCCCCAGAGUAGGGAAAUCUGUGAAAAUACAGAAAGGAAGCUUCCGUAUAUUCUGAAAAUAAAGGAUGGAAAGAUGAUUGCUGAAGUCUACGCAGACAUCUGUCAGCUUCUGAAGGAGAUAAGUUUGAAGCGCCUGAAGGACCAGGACAAAGAUCUACUGACCAGACUGGAGGGUUUCUACGAGGAGAUCCCCAAGGAGUGUUUUAAAAAUCCCAAAAUGUUUGAGACAUGGGCUGCUACAGCUCAGGAGAUACUGGAAAAAUCUCCGCGGGAAAAGAUCACAGGGAACGAGCUGGCUAACACCACAGACAUGUUUACCGAUAAUCUAAAACCAAACGCCGCUUUGGGAAAGAUUUGGUUGUCUGUUAUCAUUGGAUUUUGUGGAUGGGUUCAUGAAAAAGGGAUAAGAGCCGCAGAAGGAACUCUUAGCACAAACGAGUGGAAAGGCAGCUGGAAAUGGAAAGAAAAUGUCUCAAAAGCAAAAGAAAUGAUAGUAUCCCUUACACAUGCUGACUUUUCGUCUGUUGAAAAUGCAGAAGAGUUUUCCUCACGCGCUGAAACAUUCCUGGAAAAGCUUAUAGACCAAUUAAUAAUUGUAAAAGUGUACAAGAAUGUCGAGGUGGAAGUAGCGGAGCUAGCAAUGGUUACCAUGGAAGCAUUUGGUAAAGGAAUGGCGGUAGAUAAACUUUGUAAAGCAGCUAGUGAAAAGACCUCGCUGCAGAAUAACAAACACCUGAUAAAGGGUUAUCUGGAACGAUUCCUUUGCUUGCUGAAGAAUGAAGACUUUGAUUGGGAUGCAGGGUGGAUAGAAGGUGCUGGAAUCGAGUUCUUCGAUAAUCUCAUCGAGUCAUCUAGCGGUGAUGAGGUGCGCGACUUGGAAAUGGACGAGAUGUUUAUAAAGGUGUUCCUAUUCUGUAUGUCUGAGGACAGAGAAUACAUCAGUCUUCAGACAGGGAGCCUCAACAUCUUUGGUUUGGUAGUCGUGACUGGGCUCCCACAGUACAUCCAGCUGCACACCGGAAAGACAACUAUAGGACGACUGAAGCCGUUGUUUCCUCACAUCCAGCGUUUGAUGGAUUGUGACGACGAUACGAUGAAGACUGUCAUGAGGAACACCACACGGAUCCUUGGGGAGGAGGUGUCCCAGUUAAUGGACACCCAGGGCAUGGAGAACCUCAUUAAUCUGUAUAUCAAGGAGAGGGACCUUGCCACACUUGAUGCUAUAUCUUCUGCGUACGAGGGUCACUCUGAAGCACUAGCUUCCCAGUUUCUGCCUUUGAUUAAAGCUUGUACACAGAAAACUCAAACCAAUGAAAUAGUGAUGCAGACAAUGUUCCUGAAGAAAGUCGCAGAAAAACAACCAGAGUUAUUCACAAAAGAAGCUCUAGAAGUCAUAUUUAAACACCACUUCAUGGACAAAAAUGCCAAUCCUCAAGUUCUUCUGGUACUGGAUGCUGUCUCCCAAUCACAUGCUGAAAAUCUGGAACCUUAUACCGAGAGUCACUUAAUGAAGACAGAGCUAAUGGUGGAGCAAAUGGCUCGUCAUCAGUUUGUCAUUUUGGUCAAGAUCGCAGCCAAAUGCCAGGAUAAACAAAGUUUAGUAUAUUCCUAUCUGAUGAAGCGUCUAAAGGAAUCAAAGGUUGAGUUGGUCCAUAUCGGAAGUAUAUUUGCACUUCGAGAAAUGCAUUCAGUCUUUGGGGGAGAAAUGUUUUCUGAAAAAGACAGGAAGUACCUAGAACAGUUGAAGACCAAAGGAGCAACCAAUACACUGAGAGACGAGGUGGAAAAUCUAAUCAAUGAGUUAGAGGGCAGGAGCUUAGCAAAUGUAUCCAAAGACGUCGAGGAGCACUCUGAUCAAAUUGAAAAACUAGAGAUUGGAGUGGCGGGUACAAAGGUUGUGCUUAAAAGGGUUCAUAGAGAUGUCAAAAAACAGGGAAAGGAUUUAGAGGGGGUUAAAGAGGGACUGGAUGAUGUCAACACACGGGUUGAUAAUGUGGAGGUGGAUGUGGAGGAAACCAAGGAAAGAGUGGAAGAAGUGGAUAAAAAGACAAUGAGUAAUGCUCCAACUUGGUCUCGUGAUGUCACAAAACUACUGAACCCGGAAUCUGAACAUGAUUGGCGGCUUUUGGCUAGUCGCCUUGGUUACAGUCCUGAUGACAUUAGAGGGUGGGCCACCCAAUCAGAUCCCUGCAUGGCUCUUCUGAGUGAAUGGUACGCAACACACAAAACCAUUGAGGCAUCAAGAGGAGUGUUGACAAUUUUGCAGGAAAUGAAUCGAUUGGAUGCUGCCAUUAUUGUUGAGAAUGCAAUGAAAGCAGCAGAAGGAGUUGUGGCUGAUGAACCAGUGGACUACCCAGAACCUCCUGAAAUCUUCCUUAGUUACCAGUGGGGUCACCAGAACGAGGUCAAGCUGAUCUGCCGUCACCUGGAGAUGGCGGGGUAUAAAUGCUGGAUGGAUAUUGGUCAGAUGGGGGGCGGGGACAAGUUAUUCGAGAAGAUUGACUCAGGGAUAAGGGCAGCUAAAAUUGUGAUAUCAUGUGUCACAGAAAAAUAUGCUAAAUCGCCAAACUGUAACCGGGAGGUCAAUUUGUCUGUAAAUCUUGGUAAGCCAAUGAUCCCUUUGUUGAUGGAAAAGAUGGCUUGGCCUCCUGCAGGUUCAAUGGGGCCUAUUUUCAGCGAGUACCUGUUUAUUCGCUUCUUUCAACGACCAGGAGAGGAAACCAAUGACGACCGAAUCUGGCCAGCUGCUAAGUUUACUGAACUGCUAAUGCAAAUGAAUUGCUUAAAAAUUAUGCCAGAUGAAGGGAAUAUUGCACCAAGGUAUAAGAAUUGGUGGAUGCCUGUUGUUGAAGAGAUCGUCAUUCCUAAAAGAAAUGAGAAAAAGGGAGAGAAUAAAGCAGCUUCAUCUGGCCAACAAAACACAGAGUCACAGGUUGUUUCCCCUGACGUGUUUAUAUCCUACCAGUGGGGCAAACAAAAGGAAAUUAUUGCAUUGUUCCAGAGGCUGACCAGUUUGGGCUUCACCUGUUGGUUGGACAUCCGCCAGAUGGGAGGAGGAGAUUCCCUGUAUGACAAGAUUGACCGAGGGGUCAGAGGUUGCAAGGUCAUGCUGUCGUCAGUGACAACCAAGUAUGCUCUGUCUGCCAACUGUAGGAGAGAGGUCAGUCUGGCCGAUGCUUUAAAGAAGCCCAUCAUCCCCUUAUUGAUGGAGAAAAUAGACUGGCCCCCAACUGGACCAAUGAGCAUGGUUCUUACGCAGUUACUUUACGUUAAUUUUUCAAAGGACGAAUCUAUUCAGUUAUCAUGGGAAGGAAAGUAUUUUGAUGAACUAUUGUCAAAAAUUAAGCAACAAGUUCCUACAGAUAAAAUUGAAGAAAUCCAAACAAAUAGUAAUCAGCCAGAAAAGAACACAAAAGACGAAAAGACUGUAACAAACAGGAAUGAUCAAAAGCAGAAAACACAGGAAACUGAAAAGCCCAGAGAUCCAAAGCAGGAGCAACCUCGAGUGAAUGAGAGCUCCACCAAACACACAUCUAAUCCUGUACAGAAUGAAGACCAACCAAGUCAAAAAGACAAAAAGAAGUCGUCAACUUGUUCUAUUUUGUAAUGCUCUACUAAUAGUUUAAAGAGAUAACUCAAACAGGGUAGCAAAUGAUA